GUCAGACGUCAGAGAGAUGGCCAGCGUGAGAGUUCUGGGCUGUGAGGAGUCGCCGGCAGUCGUCAUGGUGAGGUGGUUCUGCUGUGACGUCCCAUUGCCGAUGACAAGCUCGACGACGUGAGAAGUGAUUCGUUGGUGCUGGACAUUAUCAUCUCGACCAGACGCAGGGGCUUAACCUCCGUUGCAAUUGCCGGCGAUUGGCAUUGCUCGUGGCGUCGCCGGAGUUCUGGCUCUGCGUUCGAUGACGCUACUUCAGGUGUUGAGACUGGCGCUGGUGGUUCGUCGACUGCGACGGGCGGUGUUGGCCCGCCGUCGGGUCGGUCGCGGAUGUCGGCAUACCCGGGCCCUGUCGCUACAGUCGGAACCGGGUCAGAUUUCUGCAGAUCAGCCCACUCAGAUACGUCGUCGCUGCCUGUCCUCACCAGCGGUUCUGACUCUCUCCUGCCAACCAGCGAGGUGACACAACGACUGAGGUGUUCGGUGAUAGCCCCUCCGUGCUGCGCACAAGAUGAACUACCGGUGUUAAGUCCCAAAUGUGCGUCGUGAUAAGUGCUUGUUCCUAGGAGAUUACAGCAAAAGUGAACAUUUCUGAUCAGCUGCCUGUCGAGGUAAUAGACAGAUCUCUUGUUAUAACCGUGUUGGAUGCUUGUUGGAUGAGUGGAACCUGUUUGCGGCGAUCUCACGACGACGAGACGUGCUGAACAACAAGCUCUGCAGCAUUUCCUGCGAACACCUCGACAUUGCGGUGGUGGUAUGUGAAGUGUUGCAGGAAAAAUGUGGGGAUGCCAUCGGUACCCGUUUAGGUGCACAUUAGGGUAAAAAUGUUACUGGCAUCAUUUAACCGGCAUUUACUACAUCUUUAAGUCUGACUUACUGAAGACCGGCAAUGGGCAAUGAAGUCCUAGCUCUCUUCCGAAUGGACAUUUAUAGCCACCAAGCCCAAUUGAUGCCGGAUUUGCAUCACUUUACCGUCAUCCGCAUCCUGAUGAUGUCGCCGAACGUUCAGGAGAAGUCGGAGGACGCCUGCACCCUGAAGAAGGGCGUCAUCUGGUACUGCAAGGACACCCUGCUCAGCCGCUGGAACUGGAAAGAGCGCUACUUUAUCCUGACCAAGGACUAUCUCUCCUGCUUCAAGAAGGCCAAGAGCCAAUAUUCGGAUAUGGGCGGCUUUCUGUUCAAGCUGCCACUGGCCUCACUGUGCGGUGUCGAGUGGGACCGCCUGAGGGGCACCUCCACCGUGGCCAUCAUCGACCCGAAGGAGGGUCGCCUGCUCAUCCGCUCCACCCAGGACGUGCUGAACCAGUGGUAUAAGGCGUUGAAGAAAGCCACCGAAGCCAGCAAGGAGCGUCGCCGUUUCCUGCGUAUGUCGAGCACCAACCUGUCGACUCUGAGCUCUGGACCGGGCACUCCGGCUGCCCUGAGGUCCUCCACGGCUCUUAGCGACUCCAGCCCUGCCAUCGACCGUCUCUGUGAGAGGAUAGAGCGCGAGGUGUGGGGAGGCAGCGGCGGCGGAUCGGCCGGUCGGCUCAUGAGGCGACAGAAGAGUGAGCUGGAUGCUGGUAUGGUGCUCAGGAGACAGAUGCACUAUGCCAGUCAGAAGCGGCUCAACAGGCAUAGCAUGAUGCCGGAGGUGGAUAUCUACGAUACGAAGUCGAAAAUGCGGAACGACUCGUCGCGUCAUAGUGCCAACAGGAGACACAACGACUCGUUGGACUCGGCAGGGCACUCUCCGUCCACCACUCCAUCUAAGUCGUCCAUGAGCAGCACAGAGGGCGCUGAGGUGCUGCUGCGCCGCGCGGCCGCAGGUGGCGCUGGCGGCAGUCCCGCGUUCGGUCCAGAUGGCACCACCGUCGUGCUGCGCACCAGCUCGGUGCGAAGACGGGGUCGGGGUCGUGCGCCGGCUGGGGUGCACGGUGACCAGAUCAGGCCGCACAGCAUCCUGUGUGACACGCCGUCAGACCCUACUGAGGUGGUGCUCAGGAGAAAAGACCACACCAGCGCCGUGCGACAGGAGGUGAAGGCACAGAACCGGCGCAGCUGCGACCUAUCGCUUCUCAAACGGCGCUCUGCUUACCUGACCCAGUACGAGUACUGAGGUCGAGCACCGGCCGUGAAAACCCAGCUCUAGGCUAGGCCACGAGCUCAGUACUUGGACGACAUCGUAGCAGCGGCAUGACUCAGUGCUUCAACUGGAGUGAUUGGGUUCAGUUGUCGGACGCUGCGGAUUGCGGAAGCUCGUGUCGGGGCAUGGAUCUUUUCGCUAAUGGAAAGUGGAAAACUAUGACGGUCAGUUGUGUUUCCCGUGAAGUGAGCGACGGUGAAAGACAGUGCUGCCACCUGUGCUGCCAUAUGUGCUGCCACCGACGCAUGAGGUGUUACACCUGCUUUCCGUCGCUGGAAUGUUUAUGAACAUGUAACGCCUGCCAGUAUGAGUAUGUAUUUGUUUAGAGUGUGUGACAGUCAAUGCUGAGGCUCAGAUCAGUGGACCAGCUCAGUCUCAGUCUCAGCUCGGACUUAAGUCGGCGGAUUGAUUCGCUCAGUCGGAGCCAGUCUGGGGUCAGUUCAGGCCAGGACUGCCGCGAUCCUUGGAUGGCUAAGUAUUUAGGCUAAAUUAUCGGUUUCCCGCUGACGUACGUGACUGCUGUUUCUUAUAUUAUCUUGACGGACGUGGUACCUAUGUUUUGUCACAAGAGACGUUUAAUUGAUCGGACAUUUGUUGUAUCGGGACAUAAAGACUAACUUAAUGAUUUAAUCGGACAAUCGCUAAUGUAUUUACUAUGAUUUGUGUAUGCUUUUGGUAUGACGAAGAUGAUGGUUAUAUGAUCGUUUGAUGUGACUUGGCAAUAAUGUGUAUGUUCUGAAUGUGAAACAACCACUUGCUGUUCUCAAACGAUAUAAUGCAAAAUAAUCGCACGUCACAAAUUGUGUCACUUGUUACCGAUUUAUAUUCAUUUUUAUUACCCUAUCUGGUAAACUACUGCAGUGUUCAGUGUUCACUGUUUAACGAUAAAAGACCUCUGUAAUGCUGGAUAUAUGUAACGUCUUACUGAUCAGGAUAAUUCGUGUCUCUCUGGGUUUUCUGCUGAUGUGCUCCUUGUCUUGUUUGUCGUAUACAUACUCCGAAGUAAGUCAGAUUGUGAUAUAAGUUCGGUGUUGCCAAUAUACUUAUUGUCUUAUUCCA